AUACACUGUGAAAUGACAAUUCUAUAUUAUAAGUAUGUACAACUAUGAUUGAAUUAAAACACUAGAUUCCCUUUUAUCCAUCAUCUCACAAAAUCUCAAGCAUUCCUUACACACAUCCGCCCAUCGCCCCGCAAGCAGGUCACAUUCGGGUGCUGAAACUAGGAGCGCAUUCAACAGGAUCAGGGCACGAGGGAUGGACGAGUUUCUAUGCGCCACCGUGCGUAUCGUUGGCACUGCUAACAGAGGCCGCACUUGGGGUCCGAGGGUUAUCUUUUUAAAAUCAGGAACAAAGAACCUCACUAGCCCCUCUACCAGUUCCGGGCAGUCCGAGUAAUGACCUCUCACUUUGUUCUAUUCAAGUUGGUGCAAAUUAAGACUGCAAAGUUAGCUUAGAUGGACUCUGUAUAAUUUAUUUUAUAAUGCAUAUGUACAUUUCGGCUUUGUCCAAUGGCAAGGGACACACUGUAUAAUACUUUAUAUUCCUCGGAUACUGUAAACUAACCACGUGGAAGAGCGGUACUCUCUUAGCACAAGUGUUUUCUCACUAAAAAAAGGCUCCAGCGCAGAUACUGUAAUUUGUUUUUAAGCUAGCUCCAAAGAACCCCCACUGUGACAUUUAAUUUUGUUCGAUUGAUUGAAUUCGUUGCACCUUCUUAGUAGGCAAUGUAUCAAUAAUUGCAUUCCAUUUGUUGCAAGGUUUUUGUCGUUUGUUUUUUUUUUUUUAUACUACGUCGGUGGCAAACAAGCAUACGGCCCGCCUGAUGGUAAGCAGUCUUCGUAGCCUAUGUACGCCGGCAACUCCAGAGGAGUUACAUGCGCGUUGCCGACCCUAAAUCCGGCCCGCCCCCCCUCGUUGAGCUCUGGCAACCUUACUCACCGGCAGGAACACAAGACUACGAGUAGGGUCUAGCUAGUGUUAUUUGGCUGCUGUUUUUUGUAAGGUGGAGGUACCUUCCCAGUUGGGCUCUGCUCUAGAUCUGGAAUGACAUCCACUGGCCGUGCCCUACCACACAAAGCGAGAUGACAUUCACAAUGCCCAUACCUCUCUUGUGGACGUAGUUUAAGGACGUACCCGGGUCCGGGUGUCCUAUACUGUGUUGAUAAAUAGCAACCGUCUGUACGACUGUAGAGCCCUUCCUCACAACUGAUGUCAUUGUUGGCAACAUGACGAUAAUUACCGUCAACGUCAUAUUGACGUAAACAACCCAUCACUGUCAUAACAUAACAUUAGAAUUUAUUGUGAAAUACUUUUCAAGUUAGUGUAACAAUAACGACAUUAAUUUCAGUUGCGUGUCAUUUGCUAUCUACACAAGUUAACAGUGCAAUUUCUCAGUACUAUAAUAAUAAUUGACAAAGUCUUUACUCUGUGUUAUUACUAUUUAAUUUAUAUUCAAUAAUGUCUACACAGUGUAACCUAGCAUCUUCGUCUUUGCAAGAAAUGCCGAAAUGCGUGAAGACCGUAACAAUCGAACGGAAGAAGAUUUUGUCUGGGUAAAUAUGUCCGAAGUAGAACGAGGUAGUGCGAUAUGCGAGAGUUUAUUUGAAGUUAACACAGUAGUCCAAUCACCACUAGAUGGGACUUCAACAAAUAUUGUGCAAUCUAGGGUGAAGUGUCUCAGUUCCAAAGAGGAAUCACCUGACCAAAGUGAUUAUGAUAGUGACUUAUUGCCAGAUGAUGAGGAAAAAUUAGAAGCUUAUUAUAUUGACCACUGUGCAGAACACAAAAAUAAACCAUUGCAACCUAAACUGAAAUAUCCUAAACCUUAUUGGAUGAAAAUAUAUGAACGUGGUAUUUACAAUAUAGAAAAGAGAGUAAAUGAAAAAAGAGAGAAUGAAAAUAAAUGUAGUAGUCGGCACAAAAAUAGUCUCCUUCCUAAAAUAAAGCUAGAUGCCUCAACAACUCAAGUUCUGGAAAUGUUAAUGAACCAUGGAUAUCUUGGACAAUGUAAUGAAUUAGUUUAUAAUGGAAAGAAAACGAUGGUUUUCAGUGCAUUUUGCAGUAGACACAACUGUAUUACAACACCAUUUGAUAUUGCUGUUAAGAUAUACAAACUAAAAAAAGAUGAGGAGCAGAAUAACAUAAUUUAUAAACAAGUUCAGAGAGAAUUUGAACAUUUAAAAAUUCUACAUGAUACAAAGGGACUGAGAGAUCAAAGUAUUUUUGCUGUGAGAGCCAGAAAGAAUGUUAUUCUAAUGGGAUUUGUUGGAUCUGACAACUGGCCUGCUGUAACCAUAGAUAAUUGUUCAAGUCAACACAAUCAAGCUAUGUACAAUGACAUCAUUGACUAUAUGGACCGGUGUUACAAUAUAGGUAAUUUGAUACAUGGGAACCUAUCUGCUAAGAAGAUAUUAUGCCGUAAUUCUUCUAACAGUGCACCACUCAUUUGGUUCAUUGGCUGGUCACACUCCGUCAAAAGAAAUCACCCAAUGGCAUUACCUAAAUUGAUGAAAGAUUGCUAUUUUGUGACUGAGUUUUUCAAAAGAAGAGAUGUUGCAGUGCAAUCAACCUUAGAUCUUUACAAGCAGAUAACAAGGCAAGAUACAGUAAAUGCAAAACUGUUAGAAAUUAUUCAAAGCAAAGAUUUAUUUGAGAAGUAUAAUACAAAUCCUAAUAGAAGAAGUAAAAGUCUGGCUAAGCCUAUUACAAAUAAGAGAUUUAAGUGAUGAAUGAAAAUAUAAAAUAUAUAUAUAUAUUUAUAUUGAAAACAAACUUUAUAUUGCAUUCCUUUUCGUUUCUGUAACCCAUUCAUGGCCACGUAGGCACGAACCGCCGAGCGUACUCAAUACGCCGGUGACCAUACAAACCAUUUUUAGCUAAACUAAAACACUCGGGUCUUAUGGGUUUCGAGCCUUUCGCGCAGAAAUAAACCAACUUCCUAAAUAGUUUGAAAUGCCAUUAAAAUCAUUUACGACCGUAGUACGUUUGAAAGAGAAAAUUUAUUUGAAAUGUAGGUACUAAAUAAAAAAUAGUGAAAAUCGGUACAGGAGGGUAAAUUGAAGAAAUUUUAACUUAAAAUAGAAUUAUUUUAAAUUUAAAUUUCUUCCCACCGUGUUCAGAUUUGAUCACUAUGUUUUAGUACAUUUCAAAAUUUUAUUAUCACUAACAUACGCUACGCCUGUAUCGCAGAGGACCAGUUAACAGUUAAAAUUAUUGAGCUAAGUUACAUAAUGAAGUAAGUAUUGAAAUAACAAACUUAAAAAGAAUUAUGUACGUAUAAGUUUAUUUUUCAUUGUUUGUAGUUAAUAUUUUUGUUGUUUGGCACUGCCCAAUAACUUAUUUCUAGCCACUGUUUCACUAUCUGAAGGUUGUGUGGGAGAGAUCGGUUUUUAGCGAUAAGUCCGCUUGUUGUUACCUACUCAUUUAAGUCCUGUUUUUUUUGUAAUAUGUAUUCUACUUAAAUGUAUAAUUGUUGGUGCAAUAAAGAAUAUUUACUUACUUACUACUUUUUACAAGCUUUUAUUUAACUUGCUCUGUUAGUAUGUAUGGGACAAAUCUUGCAAGUUAAAUUGGACCCACUUCCCGGUGUCCGAUGAAGCUGAAAAUUUGCAUAUAUAAGUCAGGUGACAAUGCAAUAUUUUGGUACCAUCAAGCUGAUCUGAUGAUGGAGACAGGAGGUAGCCAUAGGAACUCUGUGAUAAAACAACGCAACCUAAUUGUGUUUGGGGUUUUUAGAAUUGUCUCGAUGAGUAUUAGUUGCCUGUGGAAGAAAAAGUACAGUCAGCGAUAAAAGCUUGUACCAAAAUGACAUUUUUGCCAAAAACUUAUAAGUAAGAUAAAUUACAACUAGCCCAAAGACGUAAAAGAGCAUACAUGCUAUAUACUCUGUGUGCAAGCACAUUACCUGUCCUAUUCAGUAUUUAUUUAAGAGGGCAGUAUAGCAUGCACUAGUCCAAACAAAAAGAGAAAAUGUUUUUCACUUCUAAAUAUUUUCCAUUCUCCAUGAUUUUUUAGUAUGUUAUUGGCACAAUGAAAAAAAGGUAUGUUUUCCUUAUUCAAAAUAAGCAAAAGAUUUUUUUUUUUUCAUUUUCAAACAGCGAAACCUAGAAUAUAUUAUGCUGAAGCGAUCGACAUCAAAAUCAAAGUGAUUUGUAAAGAUUUAAGUAAAGUAAGUAAGUAAAUAUUCUUUAUUGUGCACCAUACAUUUUAAAAAUAGACAGGAAAUGAAAAAACACGUAAAAGUUAGGUAACAACAGGCGGUCUUAUCGCUAAGAAGCGAUCUCUUCCAGACAACCUUUGAUUUACUUAGUGGAAAACGUUUUCUCCCGAAAAGGAAUUUCAUAGAAAAAGUACCGUUAUUUUGUUAGGAUUGUAAAGCUAUUCUUCCCUUUAAACGGUUUGACAGAUGUGCAGGUUUACAACACUAUCAUCAUAAGAUUCAUAAGCAUUGCCAUCGCUAACAGUUGACAGAAGUAAAGCUUCGCCAACAUAACACAAUAGCUUUAUACUAAUUCAAGCAAUAAUGUACUCUUUGCCAAGGGCACAAGAGCGUAUGUUGCAUAGUUAUGUAUGACCGUUCUCAAGUUCUUGCCAACUCCGCCCUAAGCCCCUUCUUAUCCCCGCGCCGCCUAAAGUAUUACAAACUUUCAUACUGUUGUGCAAUACAGGGUAACCAAAAGGCAUAUGGAUCUUACUUUAUCUAUUGAAAACUGGGCCUCUAAAAUCAUGGGUCGUAUGAUUCGCGCUCAGCGCAAAGGUGCUGGUUCCGUCUUCGUUUCUCACACCAACAAGAGGAAAGGAGCUCCUAAACUCCGUUCCCUGGACUUCGCGGAACAUCACCGAUACAUCAAGGGAGUCGUAAAGGCUAUUAUUCAUGAUCCUGGCCGUGGGGCACCGCUAGCGGUGGUACACUUCCGAGAUCCUUAUAAGUUGAAGACCCGUAAGGAAUUGCUAAUAGCGCCAGAGGGGUUGUAUACUGGACAGUUUGUUUUCUGCGGGAAAAAAGCAACGCUUCAAGUUGGGAAUGUGAUGCCGAUCGGAGCCAUGCCUGAAGACUUGGAACUUGAGAACUUGGAAGAGAAGUUCGGUGACAGAGGUAGACUUGUUCGUGGUUCUGGCAAUUUUGCUACAGUUGUUGCUCAUAAUUCUGAUACAAAGACAACCAGGAUAACGUUGCCAUCCGGUGCUAGAAAAGUUUUGCCGUCUAGCAACAGAGGAAUGGUUGGAAUCGUUGCUGGUGGUGGGCGCGUUGAUAAGCCUUUAGUCAAAGCUGGUCGGGCGUAUAACAAAUAUAAAGUGAAGCGUAACCGCUGGCCGCGCGUCCGCGGUGUUGCCAUGAACUCUGUGGAGCAUCCCCGUGGUGGUGGGAAUCAUCAGCAUAUUGGCAAGGCUUCGACUGUGAAGAGAGGAGCAUCGGCUGGUCGCAAGGUUGGCCUCAUUGCUGCCCGAAGGACUGGUAGGAUUCGAGGUGGGAAAACUCACGCCAAGGACACGUAAAGGAUUGACAUUGUCAAGGUGAGAUUAAAAAUAAAGAAAUAAAUAUAUUAUGACUUAUUAUUUUACAUCCCAGCUCAGGUACCCUUCUUGGAAGUUUUUAAAACUGAUAGACCGCGAGCCAGGAACAGAUUUCCAUGACCAAUCGCAUCCCGGGAGAAAACUCGUAAUAGUG